AUGGCCGGAAACCAAUCUAAUCGGCAACAAAAACGCUCCAGGGCCAGUGAUGCUGCCGAAAAGGUAUCACGGUCUAGCGAUGAUCGAGCUAAACGCCGUCGAACUUCAGAGGCCAACGAGGGACCGAAGGAACCGAAGCCUUUUUCGAAUGUGGUUCAGGAAAAGCAGAGCGAUGGCGCCUCCUCGGACAGCGUGGAGAAGCGAAGCGCGGCUGCACCAUGGUCAUUUUCUCGCCCAGUGGGCGGUCGAUACAGCAAUUUGGACCCCGUUGUGACUGAGGAUGAAGCUUAUCUAUUUGUCGGUCUUGAUACGGCUGUACAAGUCUUCGCAACCUCCACCUCCCGCCUGUUGCGCACACUGCAAAUGGAAAAUGGCCAAAAGGUUAUUGGAUACAAGCUGAGCCCAGUCGACCAAGGUGUUCUCUACAUUUUCACCUCUGGUUUCGUGACUAAGUGGGAUUGGAACUCUGGAAAACGGCUCGUCCGCUGGGGGACAACCUACUCGUCAAUCGCCGUUGAUGUGCAACAGAGCGAGACUGCCGGCCAGGUCGCAUCGUACUCCAUCGGGGCCCAAAAGGAUGGCAAGCGCCAGGUUAUUAUCAGUGCUCUUGGGGAUAAGAAGUCGACCGAAAUUGUUGCCCUCGAUACCGCAGAGCAGGUUAAUUCUAUUCAAACUGCUUGCAAGGGACGCGUUAUCGUUGUCAGUGAUGGCACUCGUGUCUUCCUGGGGACAACCCGCAGUAUUGAUCUGGAGAACCCCGAGUCUACACAGUACAUGUGGAGAGAAGCCACUUUUCCAGUUACCGCCACAUCCCUUCACCUACGAGAGAAUCCCGACGAGUCGAAGUCUGGUAAGGGUUCUGAGGCUGUUGAUCUGGUGAUCGGCGAAGGAAGUGGAUCUAUUCUAAUCUAUCACGAUCUUGUGAAUACCCUUUUCAGUCGAAAUGCAGAAAAGAAGUCUCCACCCAGAAAACUUCAUUGGCACCGAAGUGCCGUCAGCACUGUGCGGUGGUCGAAGGAUGGAAACUAUCUCAUCUCCGGUGGCCAGGAAUCAGUCUUGGUUCUAUGGCAGUUGGAUACCGGCAAGAAACAGUUCCUCCCUCACCUGUCUUCACCAAUCUGCAACCUUGUCGUUUCACCCAGUGGAAACUCUUAUGUGGUCAAGCUGGCCGACAAUUCGGUCAUGGUUCUAUCAGCCAGAGAGUUGCAGCCUUCUGCCAAUGUGACUGGUCUUCAGUUGGCCUUCGAUAUGGCGAGUUCCAAAGAUCCUUCCUCGAGAAAGCCGUCCCGCGCCAUUGCGACAUUACACCCCCAGCAUCCCGAGAGGAUGCUCAUUGCUGUGCCGGCAUCUCAUCAGCCUAACCAGCUGACCCCUCAGCGUUCGAGCUCGGCCAUGCUUCAGACGUUUGAUAUUCGUUCCAACUCUCACAUCUCUCGCCAGGCUUUGGCGCGGACCAACACUACGACUCUCAACAUGACACCAGACAGAUCUCCGAUCACUACCCCCGAUGUUCGGCAUAUGGAAAUUGUUGAAGAUGGUAAAUGGUUGGCAACCGUUGAUACUUGGGCCCCUCAACGCCAGGACCUGGAGGCCACCGCUGCCAAUUGCUCCUCGUCCAGUGCCGCCUUGCUGCGGCCGGAGAUAUUCCUCAAGUUUUGGAAAUGGAAUGCUUCAUCUGAUAUGUGGGAAUUGGUAACUCGCAUUGAUGCACCCCAUUUUACCGAUAACCACCAUGCAUCUAUCCUCGGUCUCGCACCCCGGCCGUGUUCUCAUGAAUUUACUACACUCGGAGAAGAUGCUGUACUUCGGUUUUGGUGCCCAACUGCCCGGCACCGAGGUGGGCUCAAGACGAACCCUGCUGACCAGCACCAAGAUACAUGGAAGUGCCGAAGCAUGGUUGACUUGACAGGCUGUCUCGACAGCUCAGGUCAGCCGUUGUCAAUGGCUUGCAUGAGCUUCUCCGAGGAUGGCUCGGUGCUUGCAGUUUGCCUGUCGCCUGGCUCCGGUGCAAACGAUGGUUUGGUUCUCUUGAUUGAUGCCAGAAAUGGUACCGUGCAUUAUCGCCGAACUGGUGUCUUCUUCGGAAAGCCCUGUUCCGCCAAAUUCCUGGGAAGGUAUCUGAUCGUGGCCUCAACACAAUCAUUGGCUAUUUGGGAUACUGUUGAUGAUGUGGUGAAGCCUCUUCAAUUGAACGAAUCGGCCGACACAGGUUACCCACCAAUGGUUGCUGUAAACGCAAGAACCAAGUCGUUUGCUAUUGCUACUCGGGAACUGGACAACACUUCCGCCAAGAGACGACGCAGAUCUCGGUUCCAAAUCCGCAUAUAUGACGUCCCGUCCUUUGAAGUGGUUUUUCAAGAAACUCUGGGAAGUUACCCGGUCGCCCUGCUCUCGGACGUAUACUCUGGGGACUACGUCGUCGUCGAUACCUCGGCUAGUGUGCAGCGCUUGGGCUGUCUGGACAAGGCAUCACAAAAGAGCCUCCAGCCUCAUGAGGUCACCAGUCAUCUAAACUCAGGUCUGGCAAAUAUCUUUAAGCGGGGCCAGGAGACGGUGGCUACGAACCCGACUGACGGCGAAUCCUCUACCUCUUCAGGCAAAGGGCUGGCUGGUGUGUUUGGUGACACCCCGUCCUUCUCUUUGCCCUCUAUCAGCGUUCUCUUCAGGAAUGUUGUCCAGUCCCUGGGCUCUACCUAA